UGAAUGCGAGUGUGGGAAAAUCCGUGUGUGUGCUCCUUGUUUUUUUCCUUCUCCGCGCUUGCGGCACAUUUUUGUGAUUUUUGGUGAAAUUCGAGGCCGGAAAGAUGUUCCAAAUUAUCCGAAGAAGCAUUUCGACCACGGCCUCCUUGGCCGGCAAAAGGAACUUUCGGAAGUUUCUUCUGUACAACAAACGCGGAACCAGAGUCUUCAAACAGCAACGAGCCGCGAAUCCCGAUCUCUAUCCGGACAUGCCGAUCGAUAAGCGAGGAGUGCGGGAUACCGGCGUCACGGUGGAUGGCAAGUUUGUUGAAAUCCCGGAACGGAUCCCCGAGCUAAUCGUGCCCAAUCUCGAGGGCUGCAAGUUGAAACCUUACGUUUCCUACAAGGCUCCAGAUGUAGUACAGUCCGAAUUCACUAGCCAGGAUCUGUUCAACGCCGUGUAUUCGCAAAAGAUUAUCGAUGAUUGGAAGAGCGGCAAGCUGAACGAGGAUGGCAGUCCAGCGGAACCUUCGACUGAAGAGGCUCUCACGAAGGAAGAGGCAUGGAUUAAGGCCAGAAAAACUGGUUCCGAUAUGUUUUAAGGCGUGAUUGCACGUCAUUGUUUUCAUUCAAUAAAACUAGGUUUAUUACGGAGUAGUAGUACAGCUAA